GCCAGGGAGGGAAGCCGAGGGCCAGUCCAGCACAAAGGAUAUCACCAGGGCUGCUCACCCUCCUGGGGACUGAGAACACAUGACUCACCCCACCUGAGCUCAGACAGGGGUUCCGGGGGAUGCCCCGGGAUCUAGGCAUUACGUGCCCACUGAGCCCAAUGCCCCUGCGCCCCCGCCUGUGGCUCCGCAGGAGCAGCCAGCAUGCCUCUCUCCAAGCACCCGCAGAAGGCGCAGCCCUGGUGGAAGGAGUGGGACCGCAAGGCCCAGAAGAGCGGACUGAGGCACCAGGUGUACGCCACCAACGGCGACUGCUACGUGGGCGAGUGGAAGGACAACCUGAAGCACGGAAAAGGAACACAAAUCUGGAAGAAGAAAGGAGUCAUCUAUGAGGGAGACUGGAAGUUUGGGAAACGAGAUGGCUAUGGCACCCUCAGCGUUCCAGACCCGGAGACAGGAAAGUACGUGAGAGUGUACUCAGGCUGGUGGAAAGGCGAUAAGAAAUCGGGUUAUGGGGUCCAGUUUUUUGGGGCGAAGGAGUAUUACGAGGGUGAGUGGUGCGGCAACCAGCGCAGUGGAUGGGGCCGCAUGUACUACAGCAACGGGGACAUCUUCGAAGGCCAGUGGCUGAACGACAAGCCAGACGGGGCGGGCAUGUUGCGUCAGAAGAAUGGGAACCGCUACGAGGGCUCCUGGGAGAGAGGCAUGAAGAACGGGUCGGGGCGUUUCUUCCAUCUGGACCAUGGUCAGCUCUUUGAAGGCUUCUGGGUGGACGAUGUGGCCAAGUGUGGCACCAUGAUUGACUUUGGCCGUGAUGAGGCCCCUGAGCCCACCCAGUUCCCUAUUCCUCAGGUCAAACUGCUGGACCCUGACGGUGUGCUGGAAGAAGCCAUGGCCAUGUUUAAGAAGACAGAGAAAGAAAGAGAUUGAUGCCAGGUGAGGGGCGGGCACACGGCCACCCUCUGACUUGGUCAAGGCAGCUCCUAGCCCUGGAGUCCUUUGGCCAAGGGCAGUAGCAGAGGGGGAGUCUUGCCUCCUGGAGCACGCAGCUGGUCCACUUGGCUCUCGUCCUUUCAAAACUCGCUUCCCAGUUUGUUCCAGAGCUGCCCAAUCUGCCCAUGUGCACCUGGGCUUAUGGGUGGAACACCGGCUCAGAGCCAGGGGCACGUUCUUUCCUGGAUGCCCUUGACAGCUGUCCAGCCCCAACCCCUCCUGAGUGUGGGUAUAUGUGGGCUUCCAGGAGAGUAUCGGUAUAGCACCGCCCCUAGCCCUAGCAGAGAGAGCCCCAAAGCAUCAGGAGUCAUGGGACUCACCCAACCGCUCAGACCAGUGUGGCUCCCGCGAGAGCAGCUGGUGGUGGCAGCGACUCCGGGCACACCCUCAGUGCCCUCCGAGGGCACAUCACCCUCCAGUACUGGCCCAUUUGCCAAUAUGGUUUCAGUGGCUUUCCCCACCAUGGCCUUGGGGACCUCGUUACCGCCAUCAUUCUAGGACUCCACUCCAAGUGUGUGAGAAUAAAGGAGAACCCGGUGGCAUUCGCCUGGGCCUGUGGGGCCAGAUC